CAAUGAUAAAUAAAGGUGAAACAACUUCAUAGUAAAUAUUUCAUUUUUGGCCGUUGCUUUUCGGAAGAAUUCCUGUAGACCCUUGUCUUUUUUAUGUAAAAUAAAAAUAAAUGGCCUUGAGAAUUAAUAUUAACUGGGGACAAUGAUAAAAAGGAUUUGUAAAUGUAUACGCUUCAUUUUAAUGUAGUGUAAGAACGUCCUUCCACGCAACACUUAUUAAACAAAAUCCUGGAAUAACCUUCAAUUACUCUCCUCUUGUAGCAAAGCCUUCUGCAGCAGAAUUGAUGGAGAUCUUCCAAUCGCAGGUGACCCUUAUACAGGAGAAGACUACUGCUCUAGACCUGAUGCACAGCAAACUGGAACAGGCUUCCCUCUCUGGGGACGAGGACGCCUUCUAUGUGGCGGACCUGGGGGACAUUGUCAAGAAGCACCUGCGCUGGACGACGGCUCUCCCCCGUGUGCAGCCCUUCUACGCAGUGAAGUGCAACCCCAUGGAAGCUGUGGUGCAGACACUGGCUGGGCUAGGGGCUGGGUUUGAUUGUGCCAGCCAAGUGGAGCUCGAGUUGGUAAGGGGUAUGGGGGUCUUGCCUGAGAGGAUUAUCUAUGCUAACCCCUGCAAGCAGACCUCGCACAUCAAAAAAGCUGCCAGUCUGGGGGUCCGCACCAUGACUUUCGACAACGAGGAGGAGCUCAUUAAAGUGGCCAGAGCUCACCCAAAUGCCAAAAUGGUGCUACGAAUCGCUACAGCGGAUAGUGGAUCCAUGUUUCCCAUCAGCAUAAAGUUUGGAGCCUCCCUGGAGGAAUGUGGGCACUUGCUGGAGGUGGCUAGAGAGCUGGGUGUGGAGGUCAUUGGAGUCAGCUUCCAUGUGGGAAGCAAUUCCUCUGACCCCCAUUGCUUCAGCGAGUCCAUUGCCAAUGCCCGAGGUGUGUUUGAUCUGGGUGCUGACCUGGGACACGAGAUGACGUUGCUGGAUAUAGGGGGAGGGUUUCCUGGAUCUGACGAUUUCAUUGUAACAUUUGAGGAAAUUGCAAAAGUGAUAAACCAGUCGCUGGAAGUACAUUUCCCAGCAGAGAGUGGGGUCAACAUCAUUGCUGAGCCCGGGCGUUACUAUGUGGCUUCAGCCUUCACUCUCGCUGUCAACAUUAUUGGCAAGAAGUGUCUCCCUUGGAACAAGGACACUUUUAGAGGUGAAGAGUGUGCUAAGUCUGUAAAGUACUACAUUAACGAUGGGGGAUUCGGUUCCUUUGGGAUGAUCUUUCAUUGCCACUUUACUCAGAAGGCUGUUCCAUACAAGCAGAUUGCGGGGCAGCCCCUGUAUUCCAGCAGUGUCUGGGGUCCCACCUGCGCAGCAGAGGAUCUGGUAUCCAAUCAGACUGAGCUUCCUGAACUGCAGGUUGGCGAUUGGCUAAUCUUUGAGAAUAUGGGCGCCUACACUGUCUCACAAGGCACACACUUCAACGGAUUUCCCAUUCCCAGAGUCCAUUUCUGCAUCUCCAGCAGUCUGCCACUGGAUUUUGGGGACGAAAAUGUCUGCUGUCUUGCUGUGACUGCUCUGGAGGACUCUGUGGUGGAAGGCUGUCUCAUUAUGAAAUAGAAGGGAGUGGGACAGGCUAGACGUGUAGCCCCAGCCCCCUGCUGUCCCCUGAAUUAUAUCAUUACAGUUUUUAUCUUUUGCAUGUUUGUAGUGCAUCAGCAGGGUUUUUAACUACUAUUCCAAUGCAAAGUAAAACUGUUAUAAAAACAGCAUGCUUAACUAGGGAGAAACAUAUGCAAACUCACCAUGGUGCUUUUUCUUCUUAAGGGUGAAUAUUCAAAUCUAUUGCGAUUGGGUUCUAGUCAAUAUCUUCCUGUGUCAACUGCUUGUGAUGAACAUAUUGGAUUGGAAUGACAUUAAAAAAUACAAAAAAUAAAAACCUCUCUUACCCUCAGAUGUGUUUAUUUUUCUG